CAGUGUACAAAGGGUACGUUCCCCUAUCAGGACACAACACUCCACUAACGCGACACAACGACACAAAUACAACUCUUCCCGGAGGUUCCUUCGGAGCACAGCUGUGCUUUUAAGUUUGUUCCCCUUCUUGGAGGAAGCCUGAUCAUUUUCUUUGAACAGGCAACAAAGCAGGAGCUGCAACAUGACUUCAUUCGGACGGUCGUUUCUCGUUCUGGCUUCAUGCUACUUCUUUGCUGUCCAUAGCAGGCCGAGAGCUUUCCACCUGCGCAACAUGGACAGCUUCAUCCGAGCCGUGGAGAAGGUGGAGGACUCCAACCCCGGCCUGUCCCCCCUGGCUCUGGUCCGGGCCCUGCGGAGGACCGCCGGCCACGACGACGUGAUGACCAUCCAUUAUUUGGGCACCUCGAAUAACCUCACUGAUGCUGAGGUCUUGGAGACGGCCAUCCUCAACGCCUCGUCCUUCAGCUUCUUCGACAAGGCCAUCCACCACAUCGUGACGGACUACGGAGAGGAACGGGGGGUGGUUCUGGCUCCAGACGGUACCACGGUGGCCCUGGCGCCCUUACUGCUGGGAAUUGAAUCGGGACUGAAAGCCCAAGCGGAGGGGACGCCACCCGAGGGGAUCUUCUCUCUCACUUUGGGCAGGACGCUGGGCCUGUCCUUCCUCAGCCUCAAGGACUUCCCGCCGUCCUUUCGACUGGGGCCCAACGGGUGCUGGGACAGCGUGGACCACCCUAAGUUGUUCCAGCUGUCCAGGCCGGCCACACUGGCCACUGACGCCGUUAUUAACGGGGGCAUGGACGGAGCCGUACUGGGCGCGGACCUCGGCGGCCUGCCUGCGUCGGAGGAGCCGCCGGCCCUCAGCGGGGUUUUGAAAGGAUACUACAGUUUUGUCCUCGGUGAGGGGCGGGGUCUCGACACUGUGACACGCCACGUCAGCGCCAGGCGAAGGGAGGCCUCCAGAGCCAUUCUGGAGCCACUCAACCUUCACGCCCAGGUGAUGGAGACGCUGGAAUUGGUCUGGCGGUUGGAGAAGACGGAGUGGAUCGCUUUCGACACCGGAGUGGCGGCGGCGGUGAGCAGCGGACUCGAGGAGUUUGAGCACAAGUACUGGGACUGCCCUCAAAUCAUCCCCCGCUGCCAGUGGAGGGCCAAAGCCCACCAGGGAACCCCCAUCCCGCUGUCUGUUCCCCUGCAAUUCCUCUACGUCCACCACACCUACGAGCCCUCCUCGCCCUGUUUAUCCUUCCCAAACUGCUCCCGGGACAUGAGAGCCAUGCAGCGUCUCCACCAGGAGGAUCGUGGCUGGGACGACAUCGGAUACAGCUUCGUGGUCGGCUCCGACGGCUACGUCUACGAAGGCCGAGGUUGGAAACACCUCGGCACGCACACCAGAGGGCACAACGCCAUCGGGUACGGCGUGUCCAUCAUCGGCAACUACACGGCCGCCCUGCCGUCUCGCCACGCCGCCGACCUGCUGCGCCGCCGCCUGGUCCGGUGCGCAGUGGGCGGAGGGUGGCUGGCCGCCAACUUCACCAUCCGAGGCCACAGGCAGGCGGCGAACCACACGUCCUGCCCGGGAGACGCCCUCUUCUCCGAGAUCAGAGGCUGGGAACACUUUGGCGAAUGAGCGGAGCGCCCCGAGGCCGUCACUGCCUCCACUGUGGCUUUUUAUUUUUCUAAAUAUGGAGAUUUAUUGUACGAAAUGGCGAAAGAGUUUAGUUUGAAUUUCAAUUAUUUUUUACGUAGAUGCCAUUUCUAUCCACCUUUAAAAAAAAAAAAUGACGAGGCUCAUUCGGGUUUGUGUCCCCUGAAAGACUAACGACGUGAAUAUGCACAAUGACUUACACAACACACAACACAAUCAGGUCACGUUCGGUGAUGGGAGAGCAGAAAAUAAUACAUCAAAUUUAUAAUUUGCACUCUUAAUGUAUGGAUAUCGUGCUCCAAGUCAUAAGUCAGUUGGAUUGAGUAAAAAAAAAAACACAAACAGAAAUGAUCUCAGUCCUACAAUCAUCUCAUUUCUGUUCACGCGUGUUCAUAUGCAGCACGUUUCCAGUCAUACGAGGUACAUCAGCACACAUGUUCUACAUGUCUGUCCUGCUUGUGAAUGAAUAAACAAUCACAUUACAGUUCGGUAAGUGGAUCAGUUUCCUGAGGUAAAAUGUCCCGAUUGUUAAUUGCUCAUUCCGAUGAUUUGAGGAGCUGCAGUGAAGAAGAACAAGACAUACAGUGAAAUGAGUCUGCUGUGUGUACUUCUCACUGAUCGGAAACAAGGUUUCACACAGUAAAUACGAGCCAGCAAAGUAAAUAAGAGAACUCACGUCUACACGCACAAUCUAAUGAAUCGCUCAGACAAGUUGCACAACUGCCGAAUAAAGGGGCAAAAAUGGAUUCAUUUAAUUGUGGAUUGACAUGCGAUUUCCUAAAUGAAUGAGUUAUUCCUAUCACUCUGUCGAGUGUCAGACCAUUUCCCAAAAGCUCUUAAAACCUACAAUGAAGUCUGUUUUUUCAGACAUAUUUUCACUUAUCCUCACACGCUGACACUAAAUAACCCGACCUGUGCUGUUGAACUCAGUUUGCUUUGUAGAGGUCAUCGUACAAUGGUAAGAUGAAGCAGGUGAGGAACGGGAGUAAAAAAAAACAAAAAAAAAAAAA